AUGGCCGGUCCGGUGCGCCAACCCAUUGACAUCGCAUCAUUAGAGGCAUACAUUGAAAGCAAACUGCCAUUGAUCCAGACGCCACUAGAUGUGAAGCAGUUCGGCUUUGGCCAGUCAAAUCCUACAUACCAGCUUAUUGCUGCCGAUGGUAAGCAAUUCGUCCUGCGCAAAAAGCCUCCGGGAAAGCUUCUUUCCAAAACGGCGCACCAAGUCGAGCGCGAAUACCAGAUUUUACACGCUUUACAACCUACCGACGUACCAGUCCCGAGAGUGUAUAUUCUAUGUGAGGAUCACAACGUGGUUGGCACGCCAUUCUACAUCAUGGAAUUCCUAGACGGGAGGAUGUUUGCGAAUCCUUCGAUUCCGGGUGUGGAUGCCCAUGAGAGGAGGGAAAUGUGGCACGACGCACUUCGAACUCUCGGAAAACUGCACCGCGUUAGUCCGAAGUCGCUUGGCAUGGAUAGAUUCGGAAAACAUACCGGGUUUUACGACCGUCAAAUCUCGACUUUAGGGCGAGUAUCACAUGUGCAGGCACAGACGGUUGAUGUAGAUACCAAAGAGCCCGUUGGAGAACUUCCGCAUUUCCAGGAGAAUGUGCGUUUCUUCUCGAACAAGGCUCUACAGCCCCGAGACCGGACGACGUUUGUGCAUGGCGAUUUCAAAAUCGAUAAUCUCGUAUUCCACAAGACCGAGCCGAGAGUCAUCGGUAUUCUCGAUUGGGAAAUGGCGACUAUUGGCCAUCCGCUCUCGGACAUUUCAAACCUAACCAGCCCAUACUAUCUGGACUCGGCGGAGCAUAGUAGACAGAGUUUUCAGCCAGGAGGGACUCCAGGAAUACCCAUUAGAGAGCAAUGUCUACAGUGGUACGCCGAAGUUUCUGGAUAUGAUCCGAGACCAGAUAUAGACUGGGGAGACGCUUUCUUUUCCUUCCGUGGAUCUAUCAUUAUGCAGGGAAUCGCGGCACGCUACGCGUUGCGACAGGCAAGCAGUGCACGAGCGCUGGAUUAUAUCAAGAACAUGAAGCCAUUUGCUGAGGAGACAUAUCGACGGGUGAAAGCAGUAGCGGAGAAAAGUCAAAGAGGCCGUCUGUAG